GUGAGAAGUGUUUACCUGUCUAGUUAUUUGUGGCGGCUGGACGGCAGAGGACGGAGUGAGCCGUAAUCGGUGUUUGAAACUUCCCACAUAACAAGGUUUUACAGGAAACAAAAUGUCCUUUUGCUCGUGGUUUAAAGAGGAAGAGUAUAGAAAUCAUUUCGAACCAGGCAUCUAUGUAUGUCGUAGAUGUGGUCAUGAACUUUUCUCAAGUAAAAUGAAAUACAGACAUGAGACCCCUUGGCCAGCUUUCGUUAAAACUAUUCGCACUGACUCCGUCCAAAAGCGAAAAGAAAGCAAACUGGCCUUGAAGGUGUCAUGUGGAAAGUGUGGCAAUGGACUGGGACAUGAAUUCCUUAAAGACGGACCCGACGGAAAGAUGUCAAGGUUCUGAAUAUUCUCACACUCCCUCAAGUUUGUUCCUAAAACUGGGGGAGGCCAGAUCCUGAAUGGAUCAGGUGAGGCAAAUGGAAAUUCCUGAGACAGGGAGGGCACCUGCAAGUUGCCGUCCAGCACCUCUCAGAAGAAGGAAGAAUGUAGACUAGUUUAAUUUCAAUUUGACCAAAAAGUGUUCCUGUUUGGAAUAUAUGUAUAUUAUUGUUGGAAUGAUUUGAAGUAAAUAGAUGGACUAGCAAUUUUAAGAUUGAUGUGAUUUUUAACUUGCAGAUAAUCUUGAUUAUUCUUACGUAAUGCAGAGGAAAGUGCCAAAAAGUUCCAUCUCUCAAUUGUGACGCAUGGACUUGUGACAGGAAUGACCAUUUAUUGUGACCGGUUAAAUGAAGUAAAGGAGUGAAACAUGACUGCAUGAAUUCCUUAAUGGAUGCUUAGACUGGUCCAGCUUACAUGGCCAUAACUGACACCUUUCAGGUCAGAUUCAUUUUCACAAACUUUUUAAUUAAACAACAGUCAGGAAACAAUAUUGAUAGUGUUUAAUGCCUUUUUCACAUAUAAUUGAUGUACAUUUUGGAGCUCUUUUUUUUAAUAUAUAUCUUAUUAGGCAAUAAAAA